GUAAAAAUUGACGGCGAUUCUGGAGAACUCAAUCUCGCUGUUCAAAAAUCAAACUUCGAUUUCGAUUUUGUCCUUUUUUUUUUUUUAUAUGGAUCCUGCUCGUAGUUUAUCAUUGUUCGAAUUGCUGUUUUCUGUUUAUUUGAUGAUUUCUCUGCUUCCUGGUUCGUUUUUGUAGAGUUUCCGAUAAAUUUUGUAUAGCUUCUGUAUGUCAAGUUAGCAUCUAGAUGUGACAUGAGAUGAGAUCUUUUACAUUGCAAUCUAUCAUGGUUACAGAUUCUGCAACCAAAUCAGAAUUUAAAGCAUUUUCAGUUAGGUUGUUUGUUUCGAUUUGUUUCAUCACUGAAUACAUGAAUCAAACCUCAAACCACUUUUGUGAUUUUGAAAUCUGGAUUAUAAUUCUGUCAUAAUAUGGCUGCAGGAACGGCAAGAUAACUGGCGGCACAACGCUUUACCCGCACAACGAGUGUUUGCAGAUGUUGCAAAGGCCAUCUCAAAGUUCGAGCCUGUCACUGUCUGUGCUAGCCCUGCUCAGUGGGAAAAUGCAAGGAAACAGCUUCCAGAGGAUAUAAGAGUUGUUGAGAUGAGCAUGAAUGAUUCUUGGUUCCGCGACUCUGGACCAACUUUCAUUGUACGGAAAAGACCAGUAAAGCUCAGUUCUCUUAACCGAAACAUUGCUGGGAUCGACUGGAAUUUCAAUGCCUGGGGAGGAGCUAAUGAUGGCUGUUACAAUGAUUGGAGUCAUGACCUUUUAGUUUCACGAAAGAUUCUCGCUUUGGAACGAAUUCCAAGAUUUCAACAUUCGAUGAUUCUUGAAGGAGGCAGCAUCCAUGUCGAUGGGGAAGGAACCUGCCUUGUCACAGAAGAGUGUCUCUUGAACAAAAACCGAAACCCUCAUAUGAGUAAAGAGCAAAUAGAGGAAGAACUUAAGAAGUACCUCGGAGUACAAUCAUUUAUCUGGCUUCCUCGUGGUCUUUACGGGGAUGAGGACACAAAUGGUCACAUUGAUAACAUGUGCUGCUUCGCUAGACCGGGAGUUGUGUUAUUGUCUUGGACAGACGAUGAAACCGAUCCUCAAUACGAAAGGUCUGUGGAAGCUCUUUCGGUUUUGUCGAAUUCGAUUGAUGCUCGUGGAAGGAAGAUUCAAGUCAUUAAACUUUAUAUCCCGGAACCCCUUUAUAUGACUGAAGAAGAAUCGUCUGGAAUCACUCAGGAUGGUGAAGCUAUACCAAGACUUGCAGGGACAAGACUCGCAGCAUCGUAUGUGAAUUUCUACAUCGCCAAUGGAGGAAUAAUCGCUCCACAAUUCGGUGAUCCAAUACGUGAUAAAGAAGCGAUUCGUGUCCUCUCGGAUACAUUUCCUCAUCACUCGGUUGUGGGAAUCGAGAAUGCAAGAGAGAUCGUUCUUGCUGGAGGAAACAUUCAUUGUAUAACGCAGCAGCAGCCGGCGGAGCCUACUUCCGUCGCCGAAAAUGGCCACUGACUGUCUCUGCGCGCCACCGAGGGAUUUAUGAAUCCUGGCCGUUGAUAUUUUAAAAUACAGAUUUGAAGCUUGAGGACGAACGAGAGCCGUUCAUUAAUUGGAUCCUGUAUUUUAUGGUUCGUUGACUAAGAAAUAUAUUAUUGGGUCAUCAUUCCGAUCAAACUUUGCUUGCAUUAUGGCAUAACAAUUAGAUUUUUGUUCUGUUAAUUAUGCAAGUUUGAAUAAUUAAUUUACAUUUGUAUUUUUUUAGUAGAAUUUUCAUUUUUUUUUUCUUAAUUUGGCCAUUCAAAUCUCUACUUUUGAAGUAUUUCAUUGUUAGUUGUUAUAUUAGUUCCAUA